AUCUGAGGGGUUACUUCAGGUCACAUCAGGGGCCCACACCAAAACAGAUCACUGUCCCCGGAGCCCAGUGCAAUGACUCUCAAUAGCCUCUCUGUGGACCGGUUCCAAGAGUCAGUGGCAUGAGGAUGUUUCUGGAGCUGACGUUCAGGGCUCCCAGCCUGAGUCUCCUCACUGGCUCAGUUUGCCUGCUUCCCUGGGUUAUUGACAUUUGGUGCGUGGAGCACUGGGAAUAUCUUGUCUCCGCUCACCUACCCGCUGCACAUACGCCGGCGGCUACAAACACCGGCUCACCCGCCUUGGCAGAUGCCAGCCGUGCUCCGCUACAAACAAACUUAACCAAGGUUCAAGCCAGACUUCUGGAGGAAUCAAAAAACUCUCCAGGAACCCUCACAAGAUGGCCUCUGCUCUGAGAGUCUCACAGACACCUCCAUCCUCUUCCCUUCUCAAGGGCAGCCUCAACCCCCUUUCACCACGGUGUCCCAAGCUAAAGACAGGAACCCGGGGCGCCAGCUGGAUUACCACCUUCGUCUUUUGGCUGAGCUCCUUUGGCGCCCUCAUGAGUGUCGAUCUCAGCCACCACCCCUCGUGAACCAGACCCUGAAGAGUAACAUCAGGAACAUCCCACCCUUUGAAGCUCUUGUGAGCCAGCACACGAUGAGCUCCCUGUUUCUGUCCGAGUCCGAGCGUCUCAGAGACUCAGGACAUCCCAUACCCGACAUGAGAACGCGGCCGGGGAACAAUGGCGUCUUUGGUGGGAUGCUGCUCUCCUGGCCGACCCGCCUGUACUUGGUGGAGAGGGGUUUUGAAGAGAAGUGGCCCAUUGUUAGUCUCAUCCUGCUUCCGGAGCCGAGCGUGGCAUGAUGCUCGCGGACAGCUACCUUCGACCUUUAACAAAGGCACCGGCUCACAUCUGCUUCAUCUACAUGGACAGGUUCUAGCUGAAGAGCUUGCAGCAGCAGCACCAUGAGCUGGAGCUUUCUCACUCGCCUCCUGGAAGAAAUCCACCACCACUCCACCUUUGUGGGGAAGGUGUGGCUGACGGUGCUCAUCAUCUUCCGCAUCGUGCUGACGGCGGUGGGAGGCGAGUCCAUCUACUCGGACGAGCAGACCAAGUUCACCUGCAACACCAAGCAGCCCGGCUGCGACAACGUGUGCUACGAUGCGUUCGCGCCGCUCUCCCACGUGCGCUUCUGGGUCUUCCAGAUCAUCAUGAUCUCCACCCCCUCCAUCAUGUACAUGGGCUACGCCAUUCACAAGAUCGCUCGGACGUCGGAGGAGGAGCGGAGGAAGCAGGCCAGGCUCCAGAAAAAGCUCCCGGCUCACAGCAGGUGGCGGGAGAGCCACCAUCUGGAGGACGUUUUACGGGUGGAGGAAGACGAUGACGCCGAGCCAAUGAUAUACGAGGAUGCUCUGGUGGUGCAGGAAGUCAAGCCUGAAGCGGUGAGCCACGCCGCCAGACACGCUGGGAAGCACGACGGUCGCCGGAGAAUCAUGGAGGAAGGACUCAUGAGGAUCUACGUUCUCCAGCUCCUGUCUCGAGCGGUCUUCGAAAUAGCCUUCCUGGCGGGCCAGUAUCUGCUGUACGGCUUCCGAGUCAGUCCUUCCUUCGUGUGCAGCAGGGUCCCGUGUCCUCACCGCGUGGACUGCUUCAUCUCCAGGCCCACCGAGAAAACAAUCUUCCUCCUGAUCAUGUACGUGGUCAGCUGUCUCUGCCUCGUGCUCAACGUGUGCGAGAUGCUUCACCUGGGAAUCGGCACCUUCCGAGACAUUCUGCGGCAAAAGAGGACCCGCGGCCAUCGCACCUACAGGUAUCCCUUCUCGCGGAACAUUCCCGCCUCCCCGCCGGGAUACAACCUGGUGAUAAAGACGGACAAACCGGGCAGAAUCCCCAACAGCCUCAUCACACACGAGCAGAACAUGGCCAACGACGCCCAGGAGCAGCAGUGCACCAGUCCGGACGAGAACAUCCCGUCGGAGCUGGCCAGUCUCCACCGUCAUCUCCGCGUGGCCCAGGAGCAGCUGGACAUGGCGUUCCAAACCUACCAGAGCAAGAACAACCAGCAGACGUCCAGGACCAGCAGCCCGGUGUCCGGCGGCACCAUGGCGGAGCAAAACCGAGUCAACUCGGUCCAGGAGAAACAAGGCGCCAGGCCCAAGUCCGCCACGGAGAAGACGGCCACCAUAGUGAAAAAUGGGAAAACCUCUGUGUGGAUCUAGAUGCUAGCCAGCGGAUUAGCAGUCAGACGCUAGUACCUCAAGACUCUGAUGCUAGGUGAGCACCCGCCGUGGACCUUUGCAAUCACACUGUCCGUAGUGAACCUACUGAAACUAGAUCAAGGAAACAGAAUCAAGUAUUCAAGUGUCAUGUUGUGUCGCUUCUUUUACACGUGCCAGUCUCUAAUCUCAGCUACUGACAAAGUGCAGACCAGGAGGUGAGAGACUCAGCUGCUUGUCAGGGGAAGGGCGAGCGCCAGCGUGAGCGGCAACACGCGGAGGCCAAACAAACAGACAUUUGGUCCUGCCUUUACUUUGGUCAAACAAGUGCCUCAGCCUGCAGAGACUGUUCUAAUGUUGAAUUAAUUAAAACUAAAUGCAACCUCCGAGGCUCCGCUCUUCCAUCGCACAACACACCGGCCGUCUGCACCCUGCAGGGCUCGCUGCGGGAUUUUACCUCUGACAAACACAAACACAUGUUGCUCAGUGUUUGAAGAGUCAUCAACCAACACAAAGUGACUCCUCAAAACAAAAGCCUCCGGUCAGUUCGGAGAUCAAACAGGCGCCUCUGGGGCUCCUGUGUCAAGCGGCGCUCCCUCUGGUGAGUGGAUCUGGACGUCCUCCGUGAUGGAGAAGGUGAGGUGGCGACGCUCCUGCUCGGCCCCCAGCAGCUCCAGACGAGGACCACAUGCAUUCAGUGAUGUCAUAUUCACACUGACCUUGGCCUCCAUGUCUCAGCGCUACUGCGUCUGUUCUGACAAA